AUGUCCGCUAGCUCACUGACACGUCAGCAGCACCAAAGUGGAAGCGGCGCUCCUCCGAAAGGCUCCAUCUGGCAGAUUCGCCGCUUCCGCCGGCUAGGCUUCUACACGGGGAUCUAUAUCGCGUCCGCGUGUGCCGCGUACACCUAUGCUAAUAUCGCCAUUCGAGCGCAUGUGCCGCUGGUGGCUACGCCUUACAGCGGGUAUGCUUCUGGCGCGGAAAUUCUAGUGGACACUACAAAGCUAUACCAGCGUGCUCUAGGGAACGUGUUUGAAGAGUCCGAAUGGGGUCCCUUGGAGUUCACCAUUUUGGCGAAGCACUACGAGAGGCAGGGGCAGCGAGCAUACGCCUACCAUGCUCACUACAUGGCGCAUUUGCUCUCCAAUGGGGAGGUUGAUGGAACCAAGCCCUCCUUGUGA